GGUUUCUCCGGCCGCCCUCCGAGGAGCUCCCGUGGGCCCCGGGUGGUCGGCGGGGGGUCGCCCCCUGCAGCCCCCCAGGGGGUCCCGGAAAAUGGUGUCCAAGCUGACGGCCCUGCAGCAGGAGCUCCUCAACGCCCUGCUCAGCUCCGGGGUGACCAAGCAGGGGCUGGUGCAGGCCCUGGAGGACCUGCUGCCCGGCCCGGCUUUCGGGGUGAAGCUGGAGGCGCUGCCCCCGUCCCCCGGGGCCCAGCCCGACCCCAAGCCCGUCUUCCACACGCUGACCAACGGCCAGGCCAAGGCCCGGCUGUCCGGGGACGAGGGCUCCGACGACGGGGACGAUUAUGACACCCCGCCCAUCCUCAAGGAGCUGCAGGCCCUCAACACCGAGGAGGCGGCCGAGCAGCGCGCCGAGGUGGACAGGAUGCUCAGUGAGGACCCCUGGAGGGCUGCGAAAAUGAUCAAAGGAUACAUGCAACAGCACAACAUUCCCCAGCGGGAGGUGGUGGACGUCACAGGCCUAAACCAGUCCCACCUCUCCCAGCACCUCAACAAGGGGACCCCCAUGAAGACGCAGAAGCGAGCAGCACUCUACACCUGGUAUGUCAGGAAGCAGCGGGAGAUCCUUAGACAAUUCAACCAGACAGUCCAGAGUUCUGGAACUAUGACAGACAAAAGCAGUCAGGAUCAGCUGCUGUUUCUCUUUCCAGAGUUCAGCCAGCAGAGCCAGGGGGCCGGGCCGCCCGACGACACCUGCUCUGAGCCCGCCAGCAAGAAGAUGCGUCGCAACCGCUUCAAAUGGGGCCCCGCGUCCCAGCAAAUCUUGUACCAGGCCUACGACCGGCAGAAGAACCCCAGCAAGGAGGAGCGGGAGGCCCUCGUAGAAGAAUGUAACAGAGCGGAGUGUCUGCAGCGCGGAGUGUCCCCCUCCAAAGCCCACGGCCUGGGCUCCAAUCUGGUCACCGAGGUCCGCGUCUACAACUGGUUUGCCAACCGCAGGAAGGAGGAGGCUUUUCGGCAGAAGCUGGCCAUGGACGCUUAUAGCACAGGCCAGCCGCACAGCCUGAACUCCCUGUUGUCCCACAGUUCACCCCACCAUGCCCAGCCAAGCACCUCGCCGCCCAGCAAGCUGUCAGGAGUCCGAUACAGCCAGCAGGGAAACAAUGAAGUCACUUCCUCCUCGACAAUCAGUCACCACGGCAACACUUCCAUGGUGACCAGCCAGUCGGUUUUACAGCAAGUUUCUCCAGCAGGCCUGGACCCCAGCCACAAUCUCCUCUCACCUGAUGGUAAAAUGAUCUCCGUGUCCGGGGGCGGCCUGCCCCCCGUCAGCACCUUGACGAACAUCCACAGCCUCUCCCACCACAACGCGCAGCCAUCCCAGAACCUCAUCAUGACGCCGCUCUCGGGAGUCAUGGCCAUCGCAGCACAGAGUCUCAACGGCUCCCAGGGCCAGAGCGUCCCCGUCAUCAACAGCGUGGCCGGCGGCCUGGCGGCCUUGCAGUCGGUCCAGUUUCCGCCCCAACAGCUGCACAGCCCCCAGCAGCAGCCGCUCAUGCAGCAGUCCCCCGGGAACCACAUGGCCCAGCAACCCUUCAUGGCCGCCGUCACCCAGCUCCAGAACUCCCACAUGUACGCGCACAAGCAGGAGCCCCCCCAGUAUUCCCACGCUUCCCGAUUUCCCUCCGCCAUGGUGGUCACAGACACCAGCAGUAUCGGCACACUCACUAACAUGUCUUCCAGUAAACAGUGUCCUCUGCAAGCCUGGUGAUGCCCACCUCUCCCUCGCCCCACGCCCAGCCACCGGGACGGAUUUCCCACCCCAUCGCGCAGCCCAGCCCAGCGCCGGGACCCCGGUCCCGCCGCCAACCCCGGGCCGACAUGGCCAACCGAAGUCCGCCUCCGGGGCCGCGGCGGAGGACCGCCCACCCGCCCGCCUUCCGGGCUCGCCUACCCUCGGCCCGAUAUUGCCACGAGGCCUCUCGAAGACGCUAAGUAUCCCCGAGAGACGAGGUCGAAGGAACAGAGCGAGAAAGUUGCUCGAUUCGGGGGUUUUUUCCCCCCUAAACCUCGGAAGAGGAAGACUGGAGCCGUCCCGUUUUAACUUAUGCUCCUUCGGUCGAACAAACUGAUGAGAGACUUGAAUCUGUUACUGAGAGUUUGAGAGGAGGGAGUGUGCGCUGUUGAACUGAGCCAAACGUCCUGUACAUAUCAGCCGACUCCUUCCCCUUUGACCACCCCCUCCGCCCUCCACCCCCAGCCCUUAACUUGCUGUAAAUAUCAUUCGACUCCCUGCCCUUCUCCCUCCCGAAACCAUCUCUAGAUUUCUUUUAAAGAAGUAAAUUUGUCCAAUGGAUGUAAA